GUUUGCAAAAGUUUUUUGAGGUCUUCAGGGUAACUGGCUUUAGGACUUGUGCAAAAAUCUCAACAGAUUAAAUAAAAUGGAUUCUUUUUUGGAUUCUUGGGUGGUCCAUCUUUUUAUUAUGCUACUUGGCUAUGCCACUGUCUUCAUUCCAGGAUAUCUUCUGAUAAGAUAUUUAAAGAGCAUCAAGUACGAGGAGAAUGCUGGCAACUCCAUCAUAUCUCGCCUGAUAAUAAGCUGUGUGUAUGGCAGCGAUGACUGGCAGCUUCUUGAUUCAAACGCUGGUGGCACUUCACCUCUGAAAACUACAAGCUCUAGCAGUUUGAGAAGAGCACUUAAUCUUGUUUUUUGUGUGAUUGGCCUACAAGUCUCGUAUCUUACCUGGGGGAUCUUGCAAGAAAAAAUUAUGACCAAAGAGUACAUUGGUCUAGACUUGCAUGAAACAGGCAGUUUCAAGGAGUCGCAGUUCCUGGUUUUUGUAAACCGUAUUCUUGCCUUCCUGUUGGCAGGAGCUUAUCUUUUAGUAUCUAAGCAGCCACGCCACACUGCCCCUCUAUACAAGUAUUCUUAUUGCUCAUUUUCUAAUAUCAUGAGCUCUUGGUGCCAGUAUGAAGCUCUGAAAUACGUCUCUUUCCCAACACAGGUUCUUGCCAAAGCCUCAAAAAUCAUACCAGUGAUGCUGAUGGGCAAGCUAGUAAGUGGCAAGUCCUACGAAUAUUAUGAAUAUGCCGUGGCGCUACUCAUCUCUACAGGCAUGACUUUGUUCCUCUUUGGGUCCACAACUGACUCCGGCAAAACUGGCACUUCAACUACACUCUCUGGGGUGAUAAUCCUGGUUGGCUACAUGGCGUUCGACUCUUUCACCUCCAACUGGCAGGGCGAGCUCUUCACCACCUACAAAAUGAGCUCUGUGCAGAUGAUGUGCGGCGUGAACCUGUUUUCCUGCCUACUGACGUCAGUGUCGCUGCUGCAGCAGGGCACAUUCAGCGUUGCAUUCGCUUUCAUGGUCAAAUUCCCAGUAUUCCUAUGGGACUGCAUUGUACUGUCUGUGUGUUCUGCUACGGGGCAGCUCUUCAUUUACUACACCAUUGCUACGUUCGGUCCUGUUGUCUUCAUAAUCAUCAUGACCGUCAGACAACUGCUAGCAAUCCUGCUGUCGUGCAUCAUCUACAGCCAUCCCGUGUCACUGUUGGCCGGCUUCGGCAUCACCUUCGUCUUCAUGGCGAUCUUCCUGAGAAUUUAUUGCAGUCACCGCGUCAAGCAGCUGAAGAAACGACGCACUGCUGCUCAGGACGCGAUCCGAGCUUGAAUAUCAGGCCUUUAAGGAGGUUAACACCAAAGACUAUUCAUGUUAUCGCAGCGACCGUCGCAUGUUUUUGAACGAAAUUUCCGUUCUCUUAUCUGCCACAAUUUGCCUCUGCUCAAAUUUUUACAAUAGCUGACAUCCACAGCAUAUGCUACGAUCAUUCCACGAGCAGUCCUUUAUAUUUCUCAUAAGAUUUAAUCCAUGAAAAAUAUGUUGCUACUAAAUUCCCCGUUAAAUUCAUUUGUAAUAAAAGCGGUCGUUGCUACACAGCAAUGCAUAUGAUUUUCUGGAAUGAAAUAAGUUUGCGUUCAUUUUAGAUCUGUUACUUGUUGUUUUCACGCGCUUGCGCUAAUGCUUUGCCAAUCUCAUGCAAAGGCUAUUAUUCUAUGUUGAAAUUUAGUUCUAUCUCAUUUAUCGUUGUCGUAGCGAGCUUACUUCCGAGUUGAAGUUAUCUUAUAAGUCAUACAUUUACUUACAUGUGAUCUGUUGAAUAACCAUCUACUUUGUGCAAUCUACUGGUAAUUUAGAAAUUCUAUUUUCUAAUUGAGAGGACUUAUACUAUUUGGUAUCCAUGAUUUCAUUUACACGUGAUUCUCUGGAUUAUUUGUUGAUUUUUUAAUUUAUAAGAAGCAUAUUCUUGUUUAUCCCUUUUAAUGCCCUCUUUCUGUCAUUGAGUCAUUCAAUUCAUCCUUGUUUGUUCUGUGUCAGAAGUAAUUUCUUCAAUUCAAUUUCAUUUAUUCUGCGUUCUGUAUUAUAACAAUCAGUAACAAGCAAUUGUAUUGUUAUCUACUUAAUUAUGAAGCUGAAGUCAAAGUCGAACUAACGCACAAAAUGGAUGCUUUGCUGUGUCACUAUUUUUACGUUUCUGUACAAAUAUAUUAAUUUUUAAUAUCUCUCUGAAAAAUACUUUUAUUUAAUUGAAAAUUGUACAUGCGAAUUGUUGCGCGGUAGGUAAUUUUUAUUAUCAAUUAAACUAAAAUGUGUCUAUUUUUCAAACCGUGAAAUGUAUCUCUGUGAAAGGUGUCGAGUUGUUCUCCAAUUUAUGCACUGACUAAUUUACGAACGUUAUGGACGAACGUUUUGAUGCCUUCCUUUCAUUAAUUAGUUCUAGCGCUAUUUUAACAGAACAAACGAUUUUAUGUACGAUAUGCAAUUAAAGAUGUCAUUUAUCGAGAGUAAAAGAGUUGAAAACAUUGCUAUAAAUUGGGUUGAUUUUCCAUUUGAGACGCAGAGGCUACUAUAUUUAUGCUUUUUCAUUCAAUAAAUUUGAAUACAUUUCAUUCAAUAUUUUGGAAGUGGAACAUACAUUUUUCCAAUUGGGGAUAUGAUAAAUAAAACGCGGUAUAGACUGAAUGACCCACCAACUAAACCUAAUUGCCUAGGGUAUUAAGUCAUGCAUUUAUAGUCAAAUGAUAUUACUUGACCCGGAGUACAAUGUAUCGUGAAAGUUAAUCGACUCUGAUCUUAAGACUGCAUUUGUUAAAACACUAACUGGGAUUGCAUCAAUGCUGGUUAUAUUGCAAUGUUUAUUUGCUAUUUUAAAGAAUAUAUUUUUUUUAAUUUUUUAGCGCUUCCAUGUUUGAUUAAUUUCUUAAUUGUUCGUUUUGCAUGUCAAAAUUGAGCACUCAAACGAUGAAAGCAUCUCAUUGCUCCUUAAAAAAAAGUUAUAUUUAAUAAGAGUCUUCCGUACCGCCGUGAGCGCGCAAACUGGCUAGCCUUGGUUCCGUUCCUUCACUAAGUAGCUCCACUCUAACUACAUUCGUAUCAGAUGACAGUCUGAAUGUUUCAUACCAAUCCUGCUAUUUGCUUCCGGUAGGCGCCCGUUGAGAAGUUGUUUGACGAUUCUGUAAUGUUACGUUUGUAAAUCAAUAUUUAUUAAGUAUGAAAAUUUUUCACUCCUAUGGCAAAGCAGUGAAUGCCUUUUAUUGAUUCAUUACGACGUCUACCUAUUUUCACAGUCGCACUCUUUGUCGUUGAUAUUUCAGAUAAAAACAGUUUAAAGAGAUAAAGUCUAGGAAAAAGAGCUGGCUAUUAUGUCUUAGUAGGUUACCUUGAAGCGCUUAUGGCCUGUCGCUUAUUGGUUCCUGUCAGUUUACGGCCAAUCAUCGAUUACUUGAAAGUGGCCGGUUACUUUUAAUCCGUACAGCUUCAAAAACCUGGUUGGAUUGAUAAGAAGAUCAAAGGUAAAUGGCAACAAAAAUCUGUAGUGCGCCCGUUGUUGCUGCGGUAUGAUGCUCGUGGCUGCCUCAGGAAGACUCUUAGAUGUUUCUUGCGAUUCUCGUACAACGCUUUUUCCUUGUGCAAUCCUCUUAGUUUAAUUGUACUAACCCAUUUUUCUAUAUUGUACUAAUUUAUUUGUAAUGUUCAAUUUAAUGAAGCCAAAGUGUAAUCAAUGAAAUGUUUCUUCUGAUUAAUAAGAAUAGGUAGCAUAUCACUCCGAAAGAAGUGACUUCGUUGCUAAUGUACUCGACUCAAAAUUCUAAAAUAUUGUUUGUAAUGAUCAGAGACUUAUUUUAUGACAAUCUUUUCUGAAAUGAACAUUAGCCAUUAGUUUUUCUACCUCCGCUCUCCAUUGUCGCUUUUUUGCUAAGCUUUAUUUAUCUGUAAUUGAUCAAGAAGCGUUCUGUAUUUGCAAUGUAAAAGAGAUAGUGCAUGACUUUGGUAAUUUAAUUUAUCGCAAUCUUGUACUCCGCUCAAAUUCAAACUGCUUUCGCAUGAAUUCUAAUUUAUAUUGCGCUCGAUUCAAUUCUUAGAAUUAGGUUAAUUUUUCUUUUAAUGUAAGAUAGCAUUCUGCUUUUUUUCAAGAUAAUUUAUAUUUAUUCUGCAAGUAUAUUCUAUUGUUUCACUUUCUUCAACAUUGUUUUACAUUAACAUUACAAUGUACAAAACUUUGUCUUCCAAGAAUGCUUAAUAUGUUUGGUUGCCGGUGCCAGUCUUCUUCAAUACUUAUGAGCGAAAUUUUUUUUUUUUU